AUGUUCAAGAAAAUCGAUGAUCAGAACCCUAGUCAAGUUUAUUUUGCAUCUGUGGAUGCAGGAAAAAUGCAAGUGCGGGACUGCAUUCAGAAAACGCUGACUGAAUGGAGCUCAAAGAUUGGACAAGAUCUAAAUCAGGAAAUACUGGAGGUUCUGGAAUGUACUGUAGCUCAAGCUAUAGAAAAAAUAAAUCCUGAAGAAAGGGAUGAGUUGAAAGUAUCAGCAAAACUUUUCAUCGUUGGAUCAAACUCUUCAUCGAUCAGAGAUGCAGUUGACCUGGCGUGUUCUGCCCUCGGAGUUGCUCAGUUAGACUCAGUCAUUAUUGCCCCACCUCCCGUUGAAGAUGGAACUAGCCUUUCCUUGGAGUAUUUGCAACCUUAUUGGCAAGAACUUGAAAAUCUAGUUCAAAACAGAAAGAUUGUUGCCAUAGGUACCUCUGACCUAGAUAAAACACUACUAGAGCAGCUGUAUCUCUGGGCACAGGUAAAACCAAGUAGUAAUCAGGUGAACCUAGCUUCCUGUUGUGUGAUGCCACCUGAUCUCACAGCAUUUGCAAAACAGUUUGACAUACAGCUGUUAACUCACAAUGACCCAAAAGAAUUACUUUGUGAAGCAAGUUUCCAAGAAGUUCUUCAGGAAAGCAUCCAGAGCACGAAAGCACACGAGUGGAUUCCUUUAUGGCUUCUCCGGUAUUCAGUCAUUGUUAAAAGCAGAGGAAUUAUCAAGUCCAAAGGCUAUAUCAUGCAAGCUAAAAGAAAUGCCUCUUAAAACACUUUCUUUUUCUUUUCUUUUUUUUUUUUUUUUGGCUUACUGUUUUAAUUUCUUGGGGAUGGGGGGACAUUGCUUUUUUCAUAGAAACACUUUUACAGCAUUUGUAACAAAGACCAAAAGUUCUAAUUAUUCAGUGUGAUCUCAGCAGGAGUGUCUGCAGUGUUCUAACACUAUUUUUCUUUCUUAACCUACUGACCGGUUCAUUUAAAAUAUGAAAUAUUUUGGGUUUGUUGUUUUGAAUUGAAAUUAUCUAUAGAGAAACAGUUGAAAAUAUUUUUCUUUGUAUGACCAGUUCACUGUAAAAUUAUCAUUAUAUUUUAGCUGCCAUUGGGUAGUAUAGAGAAACUUAUAUAUUUUUAUUUUUUAAAAAAAUGAAUUUCUCUUAAAUAAUAGUUACUUAUCUGGUAGGUACAUAGAUUUCACGCAUUCAAGGACUAGUUUUUAUAGAAAAUUGUCAUCUUUCAUGAAAAAUUACCCAAAAAAAUGAAACUGGUAUCUCAUUACUUGGUAUGUAUAUAUAUAGGCAAUUCAGCUGUUUACUUUGUGUGGAUGGGAAAAUUGGUUUAUUUUUAAUAUAGUGUAAAAGACCUCUCUGAUUUAGAAAAAAUGCAUCUUCCAAAUUACUUUCUGACUGUUACUUGAAUCCCUUCUGGCUUCUUUGUGCCUCAAUAUGCUUUGUUUAGUGUUUGCACAAGUGUGAUGUCAUCUUUACCAUUUGAAAUAGAAAAUGUAUUAUUGUGUGAAUGUUUAAAAUAAGAAUUGAAAACAAGUGGAUGAAAAAAUCUGUUAAUCAAAAAUUGAAUUGUGCCUGUCUUCUUCUCAACUGCAGCUUGUUUUUUUUGAUACCUGUGAACUACACAAUCAGAGUCGGCCAAGUCAGAACAGACAGUAAAUGUUGAAGCUGUUCACUGUAGGAUUGUGCAAAAUGGAUGACUUCUUUUGGGGUUGCCUAGGAAACUUUGUUGCUCGAGUGCCAUUCAGAAAUGAUGCAAGCAAGGGUUAGCUUGAAGUCAGUUAGGUAUAUUUAUGUUUGGCAGUAGCUUAGCGCACUGGCUUUUGAAUCCUAGAGAUUGCUGCAGCUAAGGCAAGGCUUCUGGUUUAAUGUAGUCUUUCUAUCGAAAAGGCCUUUUCAUUUCCUUGGCCUUUAAAUCGGAAUAGAUAGCAAAGCUCAACUUGUAGUUCAGCAGGAGCUUGAUACUGAGUGUCUAAAAUACUCAUUUUCCAUUUGAUUUCAGGCAGGAGCAGGGCUUCAUACUAGUAGUACUCAUUAACUUAGUUGUACAUAUUUUGAUCUUUGGACUGUAAGGGAAUGAAUUUUCACCAACAUCUUUCAAAUUCUGUCAUGUAGGCAGCUAGUGGAAUUUGAAUGCUUGUAGGCAGUGAAGUUGUCAGCUUCCUAUAGUCCAUUCCAGCAAGUUAAAAGAUUAAUCUUUUUUGAGAUACUUUUUGGGUCCUCAACUAUCUUAUCUGUAGGUGGCAAAUCCUGGGAAAUUCUCCUGGACUACUUCAGUUCUUUUGAUAAAUGAGGGGGGGGGGGGCGGGCACUGGAACUAGUAAUGCAUCAAUAAAAGUUUGAAUUUUUUUCUCCUAAUCAAAACGUAGUCUUUUUUUAGUGUUGGGUCAGUGUGUAUCAGAGUUUCAAAAUUACGUGAGUUUCAUUUUAAACUUCCUUACCAGCUUUGAGUUGCACGCUGAUGAUGAUUAACUGCUACCUGCAGAUUCUGGCUCUGUGUUUGGCUCUUGACAUUCUGUAUUGUAUAACUCGCAUGUGUGCUCAGUUUUAUAAAUUGAAAUGCUACAAAACAAGAAUUGUGCUAAAACAAUGUAUAGGCUGCUCUGAUGGGAUAAUUGUUUCUUUCCUUUCUGUAAACUGUUAACAAUUUGCUUGCUGUAGAGAAGUACCCUUUAAGACAUGACAAUUUCAAGACAUGGUAACUUUAAGACAUGAUCAUCUUAUUUUUCUAGAGUCACCGAUAGCGUUAACAUUUUAUCAGGUUAUCUCCUUAAUUUGUUUUGCGUCAAAGUGGGAGAGAUGGGAUUUCCUUCCAUGAGAAACUUGAAAGUUUGAAUUAAAAUUUGAAAUUCUUGUAGGCUUU